UAUUGUGGUCAUUCAAGGUUACUAGUUCAAGUUUGGCAGAAAGCAACUAUCAUAUCAGGAUUGUAUCAGCAAUCAAGCGAUAUAUUUGAAAAUCAAGAACCAAAUAAAAUUCCGCAUCAG